AUGAUGAGGCGAGAACCCAUAAGCCCCUUCGUCAUACAACUGUACGACUGGUUUGAACAUCCUAAAACAUUCACUCUGGUUAUGGAGUACCCGGAACCCUGCGAGAGCUUGCUGGACUUCAUCACUCUUCAUCCUCGACUGUAUGAACCAGCAGCACGGGUCAUCAUGCAACAGGCUGUGCUGGCAGUGCAACACUGCAUCGAGCAUGGUGUUUUCCAUAAUGACAUUCAUGCAGAGAAUUUCCUGUUGAAGAAACACUCGUUUGACCUCAAGCUGAUAGACUUUGGAUGCGGUCAGCUAUUUAGUAGUGAUGGCUACGAGAGCAACAUAUACAUUGGAAUACAGGACCACUGCCCACCUGAAGUCUUGACAGAACCUCGAUUCCACGCCGUCCCAGCAAAUGUCUGGGCUCUAGGAGUGUUGCUGUACAAGAUGUCGAACGCAUGUCGUCCUUUUUGUAAUAGAACGGAAAUCACACACGCCAAAGUUACAUUUCAGAACUCCAACUUAUCCAAAGAGUGCAGGGAUCUGAUUAGCCAGUGCCUAGCCCGGGAUCCAACUAAACGCCCGACGUUAGAGCAGAUGUUACAACAUAAAUGGAUUAGUAAUGAUCUACUGUAGAUUGAAGAAGUGCAGGAGAUUCACUCGAUCAGUUUCAGGUGUGAGGAAGUGUAACAGACAGAGUAGGAUUAUUAUCUUUU